UUCCAUUGACGUUGCGAGGAAAGAGAAAGGAAAACUCGUUCUUUCUUUGCUAUAAGUGUCUGGCUAUCGAUCCGUCUCACAAACUCUCUUUGUUCAAUUCAUCAUUUUUACAGUAGUUUCGAGAAUGGCUUCUUCGGAUAGUGAACUUUCCUGGCUUGAAGAGCCCCCUUCUUCUUCCUCACGGACUUACGAAUACGACGUCUUCUUGUCUUUCCGGGGCAUUGAUACUCGCGAUAACUUUACGGACAAACUUUACAAAGCCUUGGAGGAGAAUGGAUGCUCAACAUUCAAAGACGACAUCGAACUCAGAAGAGGAGAAGAGAUUGCCACCGAAUUGCUGAACGCCAUCGAUGAAUCAAAGCUCUCCAUCAUCGUAUUCUCCGAAAACUACGCGUCCUCAAAAUGGUGCCUUGAAGAGCUUGUGAAGAUCAUGGAUUGCAGGAGGACUUCCAGACAGAUUGUUCUCCCUGUUUUUCAUGGCGUGGAUCCCUGCGACGUCCGGCGUCAACGGGGAUCAUACGCUCAACCAUUUGCCAGGCACCAGGCGCGUUACAGUCACGGCCAGGUUCAGAGGUGGAGAGAUGCGUUGACUGAGGUUGCCAAUUUGUCGGGUUGGCACUUUCAAGACGGGGAUGAGUCGGAGCUAAUUGAAAAUAUCGUUGAAGUGGUCGCAAUUAGAUUAGAUCCUUCGUUAUUAAAUGUUGCGGACUAUCCAGUUGGAGUACAAUCUCGUGUUGAAAACCUCAUGGAGCUGCUAGACUUGGAGUCAAAUGAUGUUCGAAUUAUUGCAAUUUCGGGAAUGACGGGAAUAGGCAAGACUACAAUUGCUAGAGCAACGUAUAAUCUUAUACAUCAUAAGUUUGACGGCAGUUGUUUUCUUAAAAAUGUUGGAGAAACUUGGAAGCAAGACGACGGCCAUGUUGAAUUACAGAAAAAGCUUCUUUCUGAUUUGCUACUAGAUAAAAAGCAAAGCAUAAGAAAUCUCGAUCACGGAAUUGAGGUAAUAAAACGUCAUGCAUGGUGUCGAAAGGUUCUUCUCAUUCUGGAUGAUGUGGACGACGCACACCAAUUGAGGGCAUUAGCCAUAAAUCAUGAUUUGCUACGUCCUGGAAGUAGGGUCCUGGUAACAACUAGGGAUGUGUCUUCGCUAAGUCCGUUUCAAGUGAAUGACAUUUACGAGGCCGAGGUGCUGAGUGAGAAGGAGUCUCUACAACUCUUUGGUUGGCAUGCCUUCAAGUCGUAUGAUAUUUUCGAUGGCUAUAAGAUGCUCUGUAAGGAAGCAGUGGCUUAUGCUAAGGGGAUUCCUUUACUUCUUCAAACAUUAGGUUUCUUUUUGUCAGACAAAGUAGUACAAGAAUGGGGUAGUGAAUUGGAGAAAGUUGAGAAAUUUCUCGAUGAUGUUGAUUCACUCGAAGCUGAACAAAUUGUUGAACUUUUUGUUGAUGAAUUUGGUCCAGAUUUGCCUAUCAGUACGUUAGAAAGAUACGCUCAAAAAGUUGAAAACUUUAUCCAGGAUUUUUCUGAUUUUUUGGAUCUUGAUGGUAUAGAUUCUGAUAGUCUGGAUGAUGUUGAUUCACUCGAUGCUGAAGAAAUUGUGUCCGAUUGAUUCUUCUUGUUGUAAAACGUUCACUUGUUAGUCAUAUUCUGUUAUUAAUUGCUUCGUAUUUUAGUUAAAUCUAUUUGAGUUAUUAUUAUUUUA